GCAGGAAAGGCUACCACAAUGUCUGCUGUUCUGUAGCACAGUGGCCUCCAUAAUUCUCGAAUGGAAGAAGCCUUAAAAGGGCAGAGAGUGUUGGCUGUAGUCUCGAAGUUACAUUAAAUGGUUCCAGUUGUUUAACACCCUGUCUAUCUCCCUCGAAGAUCUGCUCAGGGUUACAGCUCUGUAAGUCACCACCUCACUCCGCCUGUGUUAGUUCACUCUCCACAAAAGGGGAAGUGAGAAAUCAUUUAAAUUAACUUUAGACUGGAAAAAAAGACAUUUGCAGAAGAAACCAUUUCAUAAAGCCCUACUCACAGAAACUUCCUACAGGAAGGGUUUUUUAACUCAUUCUGGGAAGUUUAUAUUUUAGUUCUCUUUUAACCUCGCUGAUGGUUACGGAGGUAAAAAUGCCUGACGCUGAUGUUCUCUACUCUGAUGUGAAGUUCACAAAAACAAAGGACAAAGUCAACGGAACAGCUUCACCCUCAGAGGACACCACAUACUCUGAAGUCAGAAUAACUAAGGCACCACAGCCGUCCGCAGAGCUCUCUGGCCCCACACCAGAUGCUGUGUCAAACGGACGCUCAGGGCUUCCUCUGGAGAGAAUUUCCCUGCUGGUUUUUAUUGUACUUUUUGUUCUUGCUGCUGGGGCGCUUGGAUAUACCACUUAUAAACACACACAAACCACAGAAGCUCUUCAAAGGUUGAAAGUCGACUACGAACAUGUGAAGAAAAAUCUCACAGAGAAAAAAUGUGAAGUAAACUCAUGCAUAAAGGAGCCACCAUGUCCAGCAGAUGGCACCUGUCUGAAAUGUGAACAAGGCUGGGAGCGAUAUGGAGGAAGUUGUUAUUAUUUCUCCAAGGAUAGAUCAUCCUGGGAUCACAGUCGGGAUAAAUGUAAACAACAAGGAGGAGAGCUGGUGAAGAUAGAGAGCAGAGAGGAGCAGGUUUUCCUAGACGUGAGGCUGAGAGACAAAAUGGUUGAAGCAGAGGACAAGUUCUGGAUUGGACUGACUGACGUGCAGAGAGAGGGGACGUGGAUGUGGGCAGACGGAUCUCCACUGGACAAAAAUUUGACAUUUUGGAGCAAGGGUGAGCCGGACAACUGGACAAGGUCUGAUGGGGAGGACUGCACGAGGAUGGGGGAAAAAGGAGGAGCUGAGGAAAACAAGUCCUGGUUUGAUAAAUCCUGCAGAUUCUCUCAUAAAUAUAUUUGUGAGAAACCAGCAGAAAAUGGAAAAUUGGAAUGUCUCUGAAGAGUAUUUCAGCUUAUUUCCCUCUCAGCUCUUUAAACAUCUCAGUACAAGACAAUGCAGAGUAAUGCUGUAAUAAAUAUCAUUAUUAUUAAACAGAUCACAAAUGACGGUGGAAUUUUAACAAUUAAAAAAUAUGUAGAACUUAAAUUAUUAAAAGUAAAGAACGCUCAUUCAAAGAAAUAUCAUCCGUAACAGUUUCAAGAUCAAAUAUGUGAUCAUUACCAGGGCCCAAGGCUGCCUGUAAUCAGGGAUAGAGGGGAGGUCAGGAAAAUCAUGGCCCAUUGUAGAGUAAAUCUGUGAUAACCAUAUUUUGUUUUUUCUGAAUAAUAUUGACUCUUAUAAAAUCAACAAAUGCAUUUUAUUUAUUAAUGCCAUAGAAUAUAGCCUUCUUAAUGUAAACCCCCCUGCAAAAAUAGUAAUGAAAAGGGGAUUUAAGUGGCAAAACUGAUGAACCAAAGAAAGAAAUGCAGUUAACAUUUGCAAAAAUUGGCAUAAAAAGGCAAGAAAAGAGGUUACAAGUGGCAUAAAUGGGUGUAAAAAAUGAUGAACCGCAGUAAAAAAAAAAUCACAAAAAUUGAUUAAAAGAGUGGUAAAU